AUACAUCAAAUGAAGUUUCACAGAACACAGUUCUACUGUGUAUAUACACUUUACGUUGUUGUUAUCGUGUUUAAUGCAAUGAUAAAAAAUGAUGAAAGUUAUAAUUGCUUAGAGGUAGACGGUCGAUAGCGAAGUUACUUAAUAUUUGUUUUGUUAAAAUUUGUUUUAUGUUGUUGUACAUAAGUUAGAAAAACAUUUUUUUGACACGUGAGCUACAGAAAGGUGUGCAUCAAAAAUUGGAGAACUAGAAACAUGGAGAUAGAUGAGUGCUCGGCUGGUGGAGACAGCGGAGCAGAGGAGGAUGAAGAGGAAGCUUCGACGCACGAUUCUAGAACUGACAGUAGUAGUAGUAGUAUGAGCGGUAGUAGUACAACAACCGACAGCGAGCAAGAUAGUGCCGAAGAUCGUGCUACGAGCAGUAGUGAGAGUAAUAGUUCUGCAGAGGAAGACGAGGAUGAAAAUGAAAAUGCUGAAUACAUGGUCGAUAGCCCCGAUACUGUGAGAUGGGAAACUUGCAUUGCUGCUAAUGUCAAAGUAAAGUUACCGCAGGAUCUUUGUGAGCAUUUUAGUAUCUUCAAGGAGAUAUUAGAUUAUCCACGUAUCUGGAAUGAAUGGCUCACUGAAAGUCAACGAGAAAUAUUAUACAACCUUUUGCCUACUUUUCCAAAAGACUCCAAUAUAGAAGCACAAAUGGAGAAGUCACUGCAAAUGCUAUUCAAUAGAGAAAAUAAUAGAUUUGGCGUAACGCCACUAGACAAGUUUCAUAAUCAUCUCUCCUCCGGUCACUAUCGUCCCGACAUUAAAAGAAUACGUGGCUUGGUUCGCAAAGCGCAAAAAAGAAGAUCAUUGUUUGAGGAACGAAAACGAUCAUACGAACUGGCAAAUCAGCUGUUAAAAUCGCGGGAAAGUUUAUUAUCGAAUGCAUACAAGCAGGGGUUCAAUCAACCAGUGAAUCGCACGGUGUCAAAGCUUCAUUGGCGCAAAUCACAACCGAUAAUGGUUGAAGAGAAGACUCAGUUACGCUACUUAGAGGAGCUAAACGCGGUUCGAGCGGAGCUCAGAACCAGCACGAGACUGUCCGCUGAUACGACGUCCGAGAAUGAAGAGAACUAUCCGCAUUAUCAAAUGACCGUAGCUAAACAAAAGAAAAAACGACGUUUCACCAGUCUUCAGGGACUGUCAGUUAAAGGCCUUCAGCUUAAUCACGAGGAUGACACGAUUCGGCCUGUAUUCUCCACUCUGCAGCGGAUGGAAUAUGCUUCUAAUAGAUCUUUAUUUGUACGCGAACAAACGGAGGAGACCUAUCGCGCUAUGCUGAUCGCGCAUAAAAAACGACGCGCCCGUUGCGACCUUCAUCCGGAACUGAACACUCAAGGAAUCGCGCUCGCUGAUCUCACGCAAAGAUCGCAAAUUGGUCAGAAGCAGAGACUCACGUUUGGUAAUUCUAUAAAGGUCACAUCUGCCAAGAAGAAAAUUAAAUUAGAACAAAGUUCGUUGUGCCCGCCUGUGCCGAAACUGUCGAAUUGCAUGAAACACGAGAGCGAUAACAGCGAUUACUCCCAUACAACGGAUGACAACAAUAGACAACCUAACGUCUUGGAUAUAGAUUACAAUAAAAUAAUAACACCGAUUAAAUCAGAACCAGAGCCAUAUGACACGCAUCUAGCAGCUAAAAAGAAAAUCAGUCCAAUAAUUCAAAAGAGUACUAACAAAUCACCGGUAAUAACUACUAUACCAGAAAUAAAGAAGGAAGUUGAAGAUAUAGAAUACGAAAAAGUUAAAACUGAAUUGAAUUUGGGCGUUAAUGAGGAUAUGUUGGCCGAGACUGAGGAAGAGGAAGAGAAUGAAACGAAGAAGGAACUUGAUUUAGACAGUAUUGACAUGAUGCAGUUACCAAUUCAACUUGACGACGGAAUCGAUAUACUCGACGAUGUUAAGUGCGAAGACGAUAGAGUUAUAUCGAUACCUGAGACGAAGAUGACUGUAUCGUCCAAUGAAGAUAUAGAUGCUAACAACGGAGCAGAAUUGAUGCAAGAGACUCACACGUGCUUCUUCUCUUUGUUGCGUGAUGCUUUUACCUCAAAGGGGGAGUACCGAAUGAGCUCAGCUGAAAUGAAAGAAGCGAUAACGCAGUGGCAGGGCAAUCCCAUUUCACCUUUGAACGACUGGUAUUCUCUGGUACCUUCAUGGCCUACAUUGGUACCACUAGCUCUAGGAUUUCUUGCAGGCGAAUUAACGUAUUCUCAAGAUUUGGAUCAACGGCAAGAACGAGAUCAAGAACUUGUACCCUAUCUAGAGAAUAAGGGCCGCGGUGUAUAUGCGUGGAUCGGCGCUGGAAGAGAUUCCGAUGCUCGAUUGCAAGACUUAUGUACAAAAUUCCUUAUGUAUAAAGACAUGUUGACACCGCCAUAUACUCCGACUACUAGUACUGCGACAACCACGAAAUCGCAGCAAUCUCAACUCACUUCGAAUAAUAACGCAAGCAAUAACAGCACGAUUGUUACCAGCGGAAUCUUGCAAGGUGGUAGAAGUGGAAGUCCUACAUUGGAAUCAACUAAUGUGGACGCUAGUGCCGCCGGAACUGAUUGGGAGCCACCUCGUCCGCUGUUUCCCACAGAAUGGAAGGUUCGUCAGUCUACGAUAGAGGAACGCGAAGAGUUUCGAAGACAAGAACGUAUGCGUUACGCCGCGCCUCAUAAGGCGUUCACUUAUCGCAUGCAUGGUUACGCGUCCGUAGUCGGUCCUGUCAAAGGGAUUUACCAGCAUAACGUUGCUUCAGGACAAACAAAAGCGCGAGGACAUUCGCUGUUGGUGCCGGAUCGUCCAAACUUCGUGACAAUUUUAGCGUUAGUCAGAGACGCCACUGCCCGACUUCCUAAUGGUGAAGGUACUCGAGCCGACAUUUGUCAAUUACUGAAGGACUCGCAAUAUAUCAUAGAACAAGACAAUGAUGAGAAGGAGGGAUAUCUUCAUUCUGUGGUGUCAGGAGCGCUCGAUAGAUUACAUUACGAGACAGAUCCCUGUGUUAGAUAUUAUCCUCGUCGGAAGGAAUGGCUUUACCUCCACCGAGGCCGAUCCGAAUCUGAAUUUGAAAUGGUUCAUCAACAAUUACAAGGUAUUGCGAAAAAUAAGAAAAGUGUCGGCAGUACAUCGCGAAGUAAAGUAGUACAACCAAUCCUCAAGUCGACUAAUGUAAACAAGGAACAAUCUUCGAGUACUAAAGAAGUUAUUCUCAAAAAGGAAAGACGCGUGACAGCUGUGCCUACCCAACCUGCUAUUCCCAAGAAAGAACAGCGUAAAACCGAGGAGAAAAUUAUUCCCGAUCAUUCUAUCUCCACCGAACAUUCCGUUAAUACUAAUGUAGAAAUGGCAGUUAACGCCAUAACGUCAGCGAUUUCUACGGCUGAAACUCCCGUUUCCGUCGCAUCGAUCGUGGCUUCCUCGACUACGGUUACGAAUGUAGUGAGCACAGAACGGGAUAACAUCGCAAUGGACACGAAGUCGCAACUUGCUCCGAUAACAAUGGUUAAAAAGGCAUCUACCGUCGGAGGAAAACCGAUUGCUGUACUCAAGACGAAUGCCUCGCAGAGUCUAUUACAAUCGAAUCAACCCAAUUUCCCGCAUCACCAGAUUCAAGUUUCAACGUCUGCCGGCUUGCAAACUAUUCGUUUGUCCGGACACUCUGUGUUACAGUCCGCGCAGCAAUCUGCUUCAACUAGCAAUAGUUCUAACGUAGUGAACGGAACUACGACGAAUCUAACGACGAUAUUACCGUCUACAAAAGCACAAAAUCAACAGCAGCAAUCGGCUAUAGUAACGAAUCAAGCAGGAAAAAGUAUUUUACAAACUACUAAUAUAAAGCAACAGCAAUCGCAACAACAGCAGCAACAACAGCAACACGUGUUACCAGGCAAAACUCUUCUAGCGUCACAGAUUAAAUUAGUUAGCUCAAGUCAAAUUAAAUCGUUACUCACGAGCCACGGUCUUCAGGGUCAAACUAUAUUUAUCAAACAAUCUUCACCAUCGAAUAAUCAAUCACAGCAACAACAAUUACAACAGCAGCAGCAACAACAGCAGCAACAGCAGCAGCAGCAGCAGCAACAGCAACAACUCAAGCAGCAACAACUCCAGCAGCAACGGGUCACAACUAACCAGCAACAACCUAUACAACAAACUCCGGGGAUGCAACGUAUAAUUGCGCAAAUUGGAGGAAAACCGAUCGCAGUGCAGAUUCAACAGUCACCUCAUCAUCAGCAGCAACAACAACAGCAAAAGAUACUCGCAAAAGUUUUGACAAAUAGUGGCGGAGGACAAAUUAUUUCUGUCGAAAGUUUGCUAGCGCAGAAGGGAUUGAAAUUGGCCACUACUACCGGUCACACUAAUCAGCUUAAUAGACAAGGCAAACAAGUUAUACAAGCUCAGUAUCAGGUGGUACCGCAAGCACAGGCGUCUUCUAGUCAAUCAAAAAUAAUAGCGGUUAGCACGCAGCAUCAGCAAUCUCAGCCACCGCAGACUCAGACCGUCCGGAUGGUCACCGCUCAACUCGCCGGGAAACCCAUUGUUUUAGCAAGCAGUAACAAAAACGUCGGUGUUGCGGUGAGCACCAGUGGCGGAAACGUGAUGUUAGGUAAACAGCCAACAUCUCAGCAACAGCAGCAGCAACAACAGACGCAGCAACCGAUCAUCUUGCCAAGUCAGCUACUCAACAUCAAGACGUUACAUGGGCUCAAAGUAAUUCCUACACCGACCGGACUGAAGACCGCCGGUGGUGCUGUAUACGCACGAGUUAUCGCUCCCACAACGAUCGCCUCCUCUACGCAGGCCACAUCGAAUCAACAGCAGACUCUUCAAACACAAUCGCCGAGAAACACUUCGUACAGCACACCUUGACGGAAUUAAUAUUAUUUACAUGUAUUUAUUACUUAAUUUGCUGAGCAUCUUAGUUUCCCUAACUGUUUAUAUAUGGCGUAUAUUAUUAAUUAAAAUAUAUAAAAUGAUGUCUCGUAUGUACAUACAUACGCGUGCACAUAUGUACGAAAUGAUUUAGCUUUCUUGAUUUGUAUAUAUACAUGCUUACAAGUAUAUAUGCAAAUAUGUAUGUAAAGCCUACAUGAAAUGCAUAGCAAACAUAAGCAUAACAUAAAACUACUAAGCAUCUAGCAUAAAGACGUCAUAUUGAUUUAUGUAAGAUUCUUGGUUUAGCAAUCUCUUACAUACUAUGCUUAUGCUAUACUAUGCAUUUUAUGCAGAAUAAAAUUUGUAUUUGUGUACCUGUAGCGCAAAGUUGUUAGAUUGGGACUUUUCCCUUUUAUUAUCAUCACAGGGGUUUGAAGAACAUAAAAUGUUUAAAGAAACUUUUAGGGGAGAGAAAAAUACAAAAAUCUAUAGUGUUUUUAUUCUCUCAAAAUAUUCUCCAUAAUAAUAAGAAUUGACAAAUUAAAAAAACUCCAAAUCAGCCUUAGCAACUUUAACUCUCUGAAUUGAAUAAGGCUUAAUUUAAUUAAUUUUUUAAAACUAUUGGUUUUUUAAACUCAAUUUUUAAAAACUAUUUAACACCGCUCUAUUGAAUAGUUUUUAAAAAAUAAAUUAAGUGGACUUUAAUCAGUCCAAGUACCUUGAAUAGAAAUACACGAAUCAAGAAACAAGCUUUGUAUAAGAAAAGAUUCAUUACGUGAUUACUGCACUUAAAUUCAUAAUAUGUGAUGCUUCCACAAGAUAAAGAACAAAAUUGAAAGAAUGCAUAUUGAAAAUACACAAGAAUUAAAAAUUAUGUAUGCUAUUAAAUUAAUGUUACUAAACCUAAAUUUUCUUAUAUUUAUAUUAUUAAAUUUGAAGUUGAUUGCAAUGAUGUAAAUGCAAAUGCAUGUUUUACAGCCAAAUAAGUAAUUUUUCCAGAUACUUGUUCGAUAUGACGUAACGAGCUCGAAAAACUUCCUAUAUAAUUAUUUUGUUUGUUUUUAAUGGAGAAUGUAUGGCGGAUUUUUGAAAAUUACCACAAAUAAAAAAUCAAAUAAUUUGAAUUGUUUAUACACACACACACACACACACACACACAAAAUUGAUUUAUUUUAUCAUAUACUCAGAAAUGUAUUACGAAAUGUAAAGUUAGCGUACAAAUAAACUCGUAUAUAAUAAAUUUUUCAAUCUGCAAGUAUUUUCUAUCCAAGAAAAUAACGUAUAUUGAGAAAAUAAUUAAUAAUCAUAUCAAAACAGAUCAUAAUUUUAUAUUAAAUCAUCGUAAUUCAUAAUAUUGACUAAUUAAUUUAUAGUAUAUAAAAAAAUAUUCGAUUAAAUUAUAAAUUAUCUGUAACUUAAUUAGAGGAAUUAAUAAAGGACAAUAUUACUUAUAA